GAGUGCUGCUGCAGGUCUGCUCACAGAGCUAACUAGUCCAUCAACAAGCUAGUUAACAGUGAGCGAGAUGAUGAACGCUAUCGGUGGUGCGCUAACAACAAGAGAACAUGCACUAGCUAACUGAGAGCUAUCCCGGUGCCUUAACAAUCACCAUCAAGUUGAUGACCAUUUCAGGUGGAUGUAAUUAACGUUAAAUCAACGUUAGGUGCUUUAUUCAUGCGGUCGCUGGUGUACAGAGGAGUUUGAGCUCCGAGUGGCGGGCAAGCUCAGUCAUCAGCUCGCUGGGUCAACACGGCUCACUCACCGAGUAGGAGCAUGGUGGUCCCGGACAGUGCCAGCGUGGUUCCCCAGCCUGACAAUGGCAGUCCCACUGGCCUCAUGAAGAGCUCCAAGCCUGGGUGUGAGGAGGAAGUGGAGGGGGGUCAGGACCUGGCAGGGGUGGAGCUGGAGGAGGUCCGAAAGUUGCAAGAGCUCGUUCGUAGGUUGGAGGUCCAGAAUGAGACCCUGCGCAAUAGAGGGAGCAAGACUAACAUCCACAGAGGAGCCAGCAGCAACAGCAACCUCACAGCUGCUGUCAAUAUCAAUGAGAGGCUGACUUGUGAAGGGGUGACCAACUCCCACCUCAGGUUGGAGCACAGUGGCGAGCUGGGCAGCACAGACUUUGAGCUGUCACCCCCUCAGGACAGCAGCAGUGGCGAAGAGAUGUCCCCUCUGCCUGUGGCCAACAGGCUGGAGGAGGAGGAGGAGGAGGAGGAGGAGGAGGAUGAAGAAGAGGAGGAGGAACAGGGUCCAUGUGGGGGCUUUCUCACCUUGACCUGUAGCAACAGAGGGGGGCAGUCCCAGGGGCAAAGCCCAACGCCAGAGAGCCCCUCUCAGGAAAGUUAUGAGUCAGAGACACUUGCAGAGGGUGACUCAGGGGUGGACCAAACUGCACUGGAUGAAGUGGAUGUCCUAGAUUUGGAGGAUGAGUGUGCCGAAGUAGAGGAUGAGGACAGUUGGUUGUAUGUGUCUCCAAAAAAGCAAGUAGCAGAUCCAGGCCCAGAGUCUCCAUUGAAAUGGUGUCGACAAGCUCUUGACCACCGCAGCCCAGAGACAGAAAUAGCUUGUCGGACCCUGAUCAGCCGUUUGGACCAGACAUCUCGGUGGAGGAACAUGUACAGUAGCCCAUCAGCAGAGACAGGCUCGGCAGGCUCAGGCCUGAUCUCUCCAGGGUACCACAAAUCGACUAACAAAUCUCUACUAACCUGUGGCAACUCAGGUGUCACAAGCAUGCAGUCAGCCCUGAGCUCGCAGUCCUCCAUAGACAGCGAGCUCAGCACAUCAGAUGACUCCAUCUCUAUGGGCUACAAGCUGCAGGAUCUCACUGAUGUCCAGAUCAUGGCUCGCCUACAGGAAGAGAGUCUGAGGCAGGAUUAUGCUUCCAGCUCAGCAUCUGUAUCACGCCGCAGCUCCACAGCCUCUCUGCAGUCCCUGCGCCGGGGUGGCACCUACAGCGAUCAGGAAUUUGACAGUUACAGCCUGGAGGACGAAGAGGAUGACUUCUGCUCCAUUCCACAGCGACGACAUCGCUUCACCCCUUCGCCCUUAGGGUCACCACGGUGCCUGUCUCCCUCCACCUCCAACCACGGUCAGGAAUACAGCAGUCGACUUGGGGCCCCACGCACAAGAACACCCAGACGAUCUCUCCAGGGCCCCAGUGCAGAGCUGCUUAAAUUUGCCAAGAGUGAGGAGGAGUUGAGGCACAGCAUGCCUAAUCUGGCCCCCCGCACCAGCCUACGUUCCCUGGAGGCAGUCAGAAACAGCCGCAGCAUGGAGGCUAACCUCCAGAGCUCUGGCAACCGCAUGUCCCAACUGACUCACUCCCCCUCCACAGGUAUGGCUUGUAGUCGGGUGCGUAGCAAUGGCCAGUCACCUCUCUCCAUGCGGGUUCCAGUUAAAGCUGUCACUCCUGUGGGCUCCAUGUCAGCUGGUCGUCAGCCUUCCAGAGGUCUGCCUGUUGUCCAAGCACCACCUGCAGGAGGGGGCCGCAGGGUCCAGUCCCCAGGCUCUGCCAAUGGCGGAGGCUACAUACCCGGGAGAGCCUCUGCUGGAGCGGUGAGGCCUGCUGUGUGCCGAGGACAGGCUUUGCCGUCAGUAUCCACCAGGAGUAAACUUUCACAGCCCCCUAGAAGGUCUUUGGGCAUGACUAAAAUGUCAGAUGAAUCCUGGAAAGAUGGCUGUUACUGAGUCUGGCCGUUGAUGAAGGAUGUUCACUGCUGCAACCCUCACCUGACCUCUCCCCCAUUACCUCUCAUAGUACAAAGAACACAGCCACUGUGUCCACCAAUGUGUCGUACAACCGUUCGGUCCCCCAUCUCAGACUGGCGCGCUGGGCUGCACUGGAUUCAUAGUUAAGACUCAUCUCUUUCCCUGCAUGAAACAUUUGUCAACCCACACAGAGAGGAUGUGUAGGCAGACAAGAAGGCACAUAUGCACACUCCACUUGUGAUAUGGACCAACUCAGAGCUUCCAGAAGAUUUGUUUGUGUCAAUUUUACUUAUUUUUCUAUGGUAAUUGUGAGAAACUGCUGGAAUAUUAAGGGUUGUAUUACUGUUCUGGUGAUGUAAUUGAUAUGAAGACAUUUCAAUGACUCAAAUGAAGAUAUUGCUGGUUUGUUCAUUUUGUGUGAAUUCCUACUAGAUGAAGGUGCUAAGUGUUGCAUGCUUGGUUUUGUUUUUCCGUAUCCCUACAGCCUUUUCAUCAUUAUGUUACUGCAAUAUGGCAUCUUCCAUGUGUCCCACAAUGAUCAGUGUGAAUUUAUGAAUGUUUGAUUGGUUCAUUGUGAAAUUAACAUUAGACUUGUGUUGUAUUUGUGUUUCGUUCUUUGAUUACACAACAAUGCAAUUCCUGUAAACCCUUAGAAAUAAUACGAAAAAAGGAAAAAUAUGGUUUGUGCCAAGGUGCAUUUCAGCUGCAACACUCUUUCUAAUUCCAGAAGUAACCUUAAUUCAUUAAAGGUACUGUUACGGUACUGUGUUUUCCAGGCAUUUUUACUGCAUAUCUAGAGGUGGUUUUGAGUGUUUGAUUUUGGAUACCACUGUAAUAAAGAAAAUGUUUAUGCACGAAGGCCAUGUGCCUUAGACAGUUAUGCACCCUCAUACGGAGUGCCUCGGAAAAUUAGCUGUAAUGAAAAUGGAUAAUAAAAUCUACCCUGAAACAAUAA